AUGUCCGGUAUUUCACCAACUGAGUUACAAAACCUGGAUGAACCCUCGAAGAAGGAGAUCAUGGGCUUUCUAGAGACAGAAAACUCUAAGCAGAAAGUGCAAAUGUCCAUCCACCAAUUUACCAACCUUUGCUUUAAGAACUGCAUCCAUUCUGUGCAGAGCGCUGAUCUAAGUGCGCAGGAGAAUCAAUGCCUGAAGGACUGUGUCAACCGUUUCCUCGACACAAACAUUCGGAUUGUCAAGGGCCUUCAGAGCAUUCAAUGA